AUGCACACCCUCCUUCUCCUCCUUCUCUUCCCCCUAUCCUGGAUCCUCUACACCACCUACCACCUCUACCACAACUACCAAACCGCGCUGCAAACCCAGCUCCCCCUCAUAAUCCUCCCCUCUAGCCCGGACAACCCCCUCUGGGUCCUCACGCAGCGCUUCAUCCUCCCUCUCAUCCGUCUCCUAUACGGCGAAUGCGAUAUCACGCGCUAUGGCAAACUGGGCUGGGAAUACUACGUCAAGUAUCGUGUGCAUAGAGAGAAGGGAGAUGCGGUUGUGCUUGUGACGCCGGGGUUUAACUGGGUUUAUGUUUGUGAGAAGGAGGCGUUUGUGGAGAUUUUUCGGAAGCGAGAGGGGUUUCCGAGGCCGGCGGAGAUGUUGGCGAUGUUGGAUGUUUUUGGUCCUAAUAUUUCUACCGCCAGCGGAGCAGACUGGCAACGCCAACGCAAAGUCACCGGCGCACAGUUCAACGAACAAAAUAGUAGCACGGUAUGGAUUCAUGCACUAACCCAAGCAAACGAAGUACUAGAAUACUGGAAAACGCUACCAGCACCCAUCCGUCGCAUUCAUAAAGAUACGAGAACGCUGUCUCUUCAUGUGUUAUCGGGCGCUGGGUUUGGUAAACCGUAUUCAUUUACAAAGGCGGCGGAAUCUCCUAAGAAGGGGCAUAUGUUUAAUUAUCGGGAUUCGUUGGCUUUGAUUUUAGAAAAUGCUUUGAUGAUUCUAGUUUUUGGGCCGAAGUUUCUCAGCAACAAAUGGUUGCUGAAGAGGUUUAGUCGUUUGGGUCAAGCUUGUGUGGAUUUCAGGGAUCAUAUGGAGACGAUGGUAAGAGAGGAGAAAGAAGUUAUACAUCAAGGAACAUCUGGGAAUCGGAAUCUCAUUAAUUCGCUAAUCAUGGCGUCUGAUGAAAUGAUUGAGUUGACGGGAGAUAAGGGUAUGGGUGGAAGAGGAUUAACACAGGAUGAGGUGUAUGGCAAUAUAUUUGUGUAUAAUUUUGCUGGACAUGAUACUAUGGCCAUCACGAUGAAUUGGGCUUUGUAUCUCCUUGCUGCCAAUCCAGAAGUUCAGGAAUGGUUGCGCGAGGAGAUACAUGCUGUGGUUAUCAAUGAUGAUACUCAAUCGAAAUAUCAAGAGUAUUAUCCGAAAUUGAAUCGCUGUCUAGCAGUUCUGCUCGAAACUCUUCGGCUCUUAAACCCCCUAAUAGGAAUCGCUAAAUCAACAGGUGCGGAACCGCAACCUCUUACACUCAAUGGAAAAACCAUCGUCAUCCCAUCAAAUACGCGCGUGAUACCUAAUAUCAACGCAAUGCACUCGCAUCCGAAGUAUUGGGGUUCUGAUGCACUUAUCUGGCGUCCUAAUCGAUGGAUUCUCAGUAAGAAAUCCGACUCCGAAACUCGAAUUCAAGAGGAAGAUCUUCCAAAUGAAUCGACAACUCCCAAGUCAACACCAGAAGAAGAAUUUCUCUUCUCGCCACAGAAAGGUACGUAUGUUCCUUGGUCGGAAGGAGCACGCGCGUGUCCGGGGAAAAAAUUUGGGCAGGUGGAAUUUGUGGCGACGAUGGUUUCGUUGUUUAGGAAGCAUCGCAUUGAGGUGGUUCCUGAAAAGGGAGAGAGUGUUGAAGAGGCAAGGAAGAGAGCGGAGAAGAGUGUUUGGGAUAGUGAGAUUGUCUUGUUGUUACAGAUGAAGAAACCGGAAUUGGUGGGUGUGAAAUGGGUGGAGGUUGAGUAG